AUGGGGAUACCAUCAUCUGAACGUUCUCUUUGUCGUAUACGGCAGAAGCUUGGUGUUAAGCUACGUGUUGACAAUGCUGCUGAGCGAGCCUCUCAGGAAAGACUUAUUGAGAGGAUUCUUACUGCAGAGGAUCAGAUUGGAGAUAUUGAAGGAUAUGGCCGACGUUACCAGCAAAUUCACCUGCGUAGCCAGGGAGUUUUCAUCGCAAGAGAUCGUGCCUACGAAAUCUACCGAACUAUCAACCCAGAUGGAAUUGAUGACCGCCGGUCUGGCUUUCAACGCCGACGAGGUGCCUAUAUAUGCGAUGGGCCUAAUGCAAUCUGGCAUCUUGAUGGCUAUAUGAAAUUAGAACCUUUUGGUAUUGAAAUCUACGCAGCAAUUGAUGGCCACUCUCGAUAUGUUAUAUGGAUAUAUAUUGGGAUAUCUGCACGUACUGCAGUAAGUGUCCUUCGGCAGUAUCUUGAUUGUGUGAAAUCGAAUGGGUAUAUACCACGAAAGCUUCGGGUUGAUCUUGGUAGUGAGACGGUAUUAAUUGGCGAUGCCCAUGUUGCUCUACGAGAAUCAUUGAAUGCUCCCCCAUCACCAUUGAAUGCUCCUCCAUCACCAUCGAAUGCUCCUCCAUCACCAUCGAAUACUCCUCCACUUCCAUCGGAUACUCCUCUAUCAUCAUUAGUUUCUCGAUUUCGAAACUACUUUAUCUACGGGCGCAGUAUUGACAAUCAGCGUAUUGAAUCCUGGUGGGGGCAGCUUGCACAGUCAAGUAUCUUCGUCUAUCAUGAGUAUUUUAAUAUACUCUUAGGCGAUGGAAUCUAUUUAAAGCAAUGCAUUCCUGAGCAGAUAGUACUUCUUGCCAUCUACAUGCCUAUUCUACGAUCUCGCGUUCAAUCAUACGUGAGCAGUAUAUGGAAUGUACACCCGAUUCGUAAACAGCCUAAGCGGCCACAUAUCGUUUCUGGUAAACCAAUAAUGAAUUACUACUAUCCUACCGAAGAUACUCCUGAUUGCAAGGAAUCUUUUGACCCUUCUCUUCUCCAGAGGCUCCAGGAGGAUGUGGCAGAAUGGGAUCCUACUGAAUACCUUCCGCCUUCUACACUAGAUUGGUGCCGUCUACAAAUGGUAGAAAUUGGCCAGCAAGAAGUGGGCGAGCCGUUUGACCCUGAAGACCCUCUCAUUCAGCUUCUAGGUGAUAGAAAGCAGCCAUAUCGGAAGGUAUAUGAGACUAUGCGUGCGAGGGCCCUUCUACACUACCAAUCAGGUACUUUGCCUAUAUUAGCACUAAGUAUGAAACCUACCGGUGCAUUCUCAUGGGGUCCGAGCGGUCAAUGGCAUCAGGGCGCAUAA